CACGUCUUUGGCCAACCGGCUGGGCCCUGAACUGUUCAAAUUGAGCAUUGUUGUCUACGACUAUGGCCGUUCUGUGUAGAGUGCUAGUGGCAUAAACUCAUAAAGCCGUAGCCACAAUUCCCAUUUCGAACACGGCUGCUAGUGAAAAAUCAUUGUCACGUCGACCUUCGCCUGUUAAUCAAUCAGCCUGACCAGGGAAGUCUAACUUUGGGGCGUGAACAGAAGCCAAGCGCCUAGCUGCAAGAGCUUGCAUUUCUCAAAAGAGAGAAAAACAUGGCUUCAGGAUUAACAGUGUGUACUAUUGAUGAUGAAGUCAAGGAAAAACUGAAGAAGUUCAGAUUCAGACAAAAAAAGACAAAUGCGGCUUUAAUAUUUAAAAUACUAGAGCAAAAGGUGGAGGUAGUCCUGGACGAGGAAUUUGACGACAUUUCAGUGGACGAGUUACAGGCUGAAUUACCAUCCGCCCAACCUCGCUACGUCUACUUGAGCUACUGUUACAAGCACAGCGAUGGACGAGUCUCUUAUCCACUUAUCUUCAUUUUCAUUUCUCCAAUUGGAUGUAAACCAGAACUACAGAUGAUGUAUGCAGGAACCAAAAAUUCCUUGGUCGGGGAAGCAGGGGCAACAAAGGUCUUUGAACUUCGGUCUACUGAGGAGUUGACAGAGGAGUAUCUUUUGGAAAAACUGGCAUUUUUCCGAUAGUACAUUAUCUCAUUGUCAACCAGUGCGUCUCUGUCAUGGAGGAUUUCUCUGUGUGUGUCAUCACCCAGGACCAUGUCAAGGCAAGAGAGCAUGCAGUUCCAGUUGAUUGAAAUGAAACAAGCUUCAUUUGUCAAAUGUUGACAAAGUUUACUUUGACAGAUUACAUUAAAUUUCACCAAGCAGGAGGCCUAUAUAGUGAAUGUACCUGUGGGGGGAUUUUUUUAGCACUGAUACCAUAGAGAGACACGCGACAUUAGGGAACUGUGUUAGUAUGAAGCUGUUUGGUUCAAAUGACCAAAUUUGUUUUCGUUUUAGUUGGAUGGCAAAAUUUGGGUAAUCUAGAAGAUUUUAGAAUGUUUGGUUGUUUUAAUGCAUGUAGGACAUUUGAUUUUUUAGAAAUUUCAUAGACAAAUUAAGGGAAUGUCUCCAUGAGGUAUACAUCAAAUGCAGGCUUGUUUUCCCCAUUGGUACUUGUGUGACAUUUAUGGCACUCUUUUGACUUCUGUAUUUUCUUAUUUUAAUUUGUUAAUACUCUUUUCAUUACCGUAAUACUUGCAGUCAAAGAAUUCCCCCUAAUCAAAUGGUUUGUUGAUUUCAAAUGAAAUCUGUCGUGGACGUCUGGUGCAAGAACGUCACCAGUUUUUUAUGUGUGCAGUUAACGUUAUUUUGAGAUACUGUGGUUAUGAACUAGUCUACACUUGCCAAACUACAUUCUAAGCGCCUUCACAAGGGACACCAUGAGCUAGUUAAUUUGACUAGGUAUGAUGGUUAUUCAGAAGAAAAAAAAAUCAGACGUUUAAUGUGUGAACUGCCAACUUUAGUGUUUAUGGGUCUCUCUCAAAUAAUAUCACUUCCACAGAUUGCCACGUGUCUGCAUUUCGGACAUCAAAUUUUUUGUCACAGCUGCAUCUUAUUUGGAACAUGGUUGGAUCAACAUGUGCAAGUUUAGAAAUGUGCACAUUGCGUGGGCACGUAUAUGUACCUGAAAUUGAAUUUGUAAUUUUUUAUGAAGAUGGUGUCUAUGCUAUGAGAUCGCAUUACUGCAGCGGCACAACACUCAGCUAUUUGUUCUUAAAAAUUGAGGGCUGUAUAUUUCAGCAAAUGCACACCUUAUUGGUUGAAGGUUGCAAGUGUGCCCCUACCACUGGGUCAUUAGUGUGGUACAUGUACCAAGAUAGUAAAAGUGCCUAAUUCUGUUGCUUAAUUAAUCUGUAGCCAGGGGGGUGUGAUUUGGUAAUAAUUACCAAAUCACAACCCUAAUUUAUUUCUCAAUUAUAUCUGCACCUUUGACCUGAACUGUCAGCUCGCAUUGGUGCUUGGAACCAGUGAAUGAGUGCUUCAUUUGAAGAGGUGAUCUGUUACAAAGAUCUGUGACGAGCUUUAACUACUACCUGCCAGGCUGGGGUCUCCGAACUCGGACUAAGGAAACAGGGCCCUGUAACAAAAGACCGUACUCUGAACAAAAGACCAGGCUGCUGGGCAUUACCGGCAUUUUUCACUCUCAAAAGUGGUGAUAAUCCAGCGUCGUUUUGAAACCGUGUACCAGGGUUUUGGACAUUGAGAGCAAGCGGAUUACCACCGGGGACAAAAGCGCUCCACCACCGCAGGGAUGAGCCACACAGCACCGCUGCA